GCCCUGACGUCAUCGGUGUGCGCCCACUGUAGCAACGAUGGUGAAGGACCCCGAGAUAGGUUCGCACGUGCCUUCUGGAGCCUCGCUUUCCGAACGGCUGGAAAGAAGAGGCCGCCGAGGAGCCGCCAUGCGGAGGCCCAACAUUCUCAUGACGGGUACUCCUGGUGUUGGGAAAACUACAUUAUGCAAAGAGAUAGCUUCAAGAACAGGUUUAACUUACAUCAAUGUGGGAGAUUUGGCCAAAGAAGGGGAAUUAUAUGAAGGCUUUGAUGAAGAAUAUGAAUGUCCAAUUUUGGAUGAAGACAGAGUAAUUGAUGAAAUGGAAGCUGAGAUGAGCGAUGGUGGUGUUAUUGUGGAUUAUCACAGUUGCGACUUCUUUCCUGAACGUUGGUUUAACAUUGUAUUUGUGCUUCGCACAGAAAACUCAUUCUUAUAUGACAGACUGGAGAGCAGAGGUUACAAAGGGAAAAAGCUACAAGACAAUAUUCAGUGUGAAAUUUUUCAGACUAUUUAUGAGGAGGCCAUGUCAUCAUAUAGGGAAGAAAUUGUACAUCAGUUGUCAAGUAAUACACCAGAGGACAUGGAACGGAAUUUAGAUCAGAUUAUACAAUGGAUUGAACAGUGGAUAAAAGAUAACAACUAACUUCUGAAUAUAUAAUAAGAGCAGUCAUAAAAAAUAAUCAAUGAAUUGACUGGUUGUAACAUAGUAAACUGUAUCUGCCCUUUCAGUCACAUAGGAGACAAUAUCUCAGAGGAAAAGCAAAUCACAUAGACCUUGGAAGAUUUAACAGUGUUGUGUCUCACUCAUCCCAGUUGGAAUCAAGUAAAUGCAGAAGCUAUAGAAUGAAGAAUGUUAAAAUCUCAUAUUUUUUUUUGGACCUGGGGCUCAUAUACCAACUUCAAAGUCAUAGGUAUAUUGUUCACCUUCUGAAAUGAAUUGUCUAGGUGUUAUGACUGCUAACACUUAAUAAUCCUUGUAAAAAUAUUAUUGGACUAUUACAAUAACUUUUUCUAAAUUCAGGGAUUACCGACAAUUGUAAAAAUAAUACAGAAUAUUAAGUUAUUUACAUAUUUCUCUUCUUUUGUAAAUAAGAAGUAGCUCUUAUUUUAAGGAGCAUCCACUAACAUUUAAAUAUUAGAGGUAUUUUGCAAGAUUUCAGGCAAAAGAAGACUGUAUUUAACUCUAUGACUAAAUUCAUGAUUGAAUCCAAUGUAAUGUUCUGAUUUGAAAUGGAUCUGUCAUUGUUGCAUAUAUGUCAUCCUUUUCCCCAUGAUAUUGAUAUAAUAAAUAUUAUCUGACUAUUGUUUUUCA